AUGGCGAUGGCCUUGGCCCAGGCGAGGAAGGCGAGGGGCGGGGCUCCUGGUGACGCUCGGCUCCGGCGCGGCGGCCUUGGGACGGUGGCGCAAGGUGCCGGCGGUCAGCUCGCAGGCGGUUGGAGGGCUCCUGGGCGGCAGCCAUCGGACAGAGGAGGAAGGAAGCGCGGGCGGCGGCGGUCAUGGCCUUGGCUCCGGCGGCUGGCUAGCGCGGCGGUGCUCGGCCUCGGGCAGAGCGGACGGCGGCGAUCGGUGGUGCUCUGUCCCAGCGCGACAGGGCGAGAUGGGGCUCCGGUGGCGAUGGCUUCGGCACCGGCGCUCUGGUGGCGACGGGCUCGGCGCUUGGCGUUGGUCUCCGGCGCGGCUCAGGCUCCGACGACUGGCUGCGCCUUGCGGGGCUCCGAGCCCGACUCGGCAACAGCAGCGGCAGUGCCUGCCAGGGGAAGAGAGGAGAAGGGACUUCGAGUCCGAGCUCUGUGA